UUUUGUAGAGAGGGAAGCCAUAUUUCAGAACAGAGGCCUCAACCAGCUUCAUCAGAAACAUGUCUGGCUCUGGGACUCUUGAACUGGCUUGUCUUUGCCGACCGUUUCAGUUGGGAAUGCUGUAUGACUGCAGAAGCGAUGCUCUCAUUCCAGGAAUAACUCUCUGGGACUCUGAAAUGCUACAGAAAAAUAUUAAUGUACGACUUCAGCCAAACACUGACUUCAAAAUCAUUGCCUCAGAUUCAAGUGAAGAAAAAGUAGAAGCUUUGAGUGUUUCUGCAUCUCUUGAAGCCAGCUUUCUGAGUGGAUUAGUCAGCGUGAAAGGCUCAGCUGGCUUUUUAAAUGACAAGAAGAAGUCCAAACAUCAGUCUCGAGUCACCCUACAUUAUCGGACAACAUCACGUUUUGAGCAGUUAACUAUGGAGCAUCUUGGAGCAGGGAACGUAAAACACUGCAAUGUAUUUGAGGAGGGCUCAGCUACACAUGUUGUUACGGCUCUACUGUAUGGAGCUCAAGCAUUCUUUAUUUUUGACCGUGAGGUUUCGUCCAAUGAAAACCAUCAGGAGAUACAAGGUGACCUCCAUGCAACAAUCAAAAAGAUACCUUCAUUAUCAAUUGAAGGUCAAGCAUCUUUGAAAAUGAGUGAAUCAGAAGAAGAUAAAAUAAACAAGUUCAGCUGCACUUUCCAUGGAGAUUUUGCUCUGGAAAAUAAUCCAGUUUCCUAUUUAGAUGCCAUCAAGGUGUACUCAGGCCUGCCAAAACGGUUGGGAGAAAAUGGAGAGAAUGCUGUGCCCAUGACUGUUUGGCUGUACCCUCUAAAAAAACUAGAUUCAACAGCUGCUCAGUUAAUCAGGGAGAUCAGUGUUGGCUUAAUACGACAUGUCCACCGGAUCACGGAUGAACUGGAUGAUUGUGACAUACAAUGUCAAGACCUAAUGAGGAACAAUAUCACCAUUCAAUUCCCUGAAAUCAAAUCCAAGCUCAGAAAAUUUAAGGACUUCUGCUCAGAGUACAAAAUUGUUUUUCAAAAACAUCUCUGCAGGCUUCUUCCAUCUAUAAGGGGUGGAGGAAAAGAAGAACAGGAGCUUUCCGAUUAUCUGAACAGAAAAGAAAGAUCGCCGUUUCAGGGUGCUCUGUUAACCAAGUAUCUAAGUGAGCGAGAGCGAGAGAUGAAUGUUGUUGGAUCUUACCUCGACAUCAUGAAAGAAGUCCAAGUUCUUUCAUCCAGCACUGAUUUGGACAAGCUUGUCUUUAAAGCAUCCAAUGUGAUAGUCUUCGCACUCUCAUCCUUAAUAGACCAUGACCCAUACCUUUCAGAAUUGGAGAAUUACCUGAAGGAACAAUCAUGUAACAAUGGAGAACAAUUAAAGUAUGAUCAAAACUCUACAGAAAAGGCAAAGAAAUGGUUUUCCUCAAGAGAUGUAACUGCACUGACCAGGGAAACGAUACAGGCCUUCCUAGAUUUCAAAGAAGCCAAUGAUGGAAGAAAGAACACGGAGUUCUGCAUUGCAUCAAUCCCAGAUGAACUCAGUACUGCCUCUUCAAUUCAUGUUUAUGAAAGGGGACGACUCGUGAGCUUACAGUAUGAGCUACCCUCAAAACCCCCAAUGCCUGUUUUCUUGAGUGCUGAGCAUGACUGCAUACGUCUGCAAAUCAAACCUCCUGACCGUGGUGUUAGUUGUGUGGAGUCGUACUGUAUCUCAUAUCAGUCUGCAGACAGCUCUGAAUGGACACAUGUGUGUACUAAUGGGGUUUCUGAUGAGAUCACUGUCAAGCCGUUACAACCGCAUAAAGAAUAUUGUUUUACCUGCAAGGCAGUGUGUCGUCCAGGGUUAAGUCUGACUAGUGACACAACAUCAUUCUUCAGGACCCAUCCAUGUGCCCCUCCAGGAGCACCUAAAGUGAAACGAGUGGAAUCUGAGUCUGCAACUGUAGUGUGGGAUGUUCCUACUUCUGUGGGUGAGGACAUCCUGGUCACUGAUUAUGUGUUGGAAUUCAGAGAAUGCACAAAAGAUCAGGAAAAUGAAAUGCCAUGGAGGUCUGUGAAAUCUGCGUACAAGGAGUGCACUCUUCAGGGACUGGAAGCAGAUGCAAUUUACACACUUCGAGUUUUGGCCAACUGUGGUAAUAACGGAGUGAGUCUUCCCAGUCCUGAAACUGUGUUUUCUGCUGGUUCAAAGAGCAAACAGUCAGGUGAGGUUGGAAGUGGGUCAUUCUUGGAUCAAUCUUCACGUAUACAGAAGGGGCAUCCUUCAAUACAUAAACUGACACUAUACCAAAAAACUCAAGAGAAUGCAGAUUUUAAUCAGUAUAUAUUUGGAAGAAAAGUGGAGGACGUGAAAAACAAAGUAAUUCUUCUUUUGGGAUCAACGGGUGCAGGAAAAACCACACUGGUCAAUGUGAUGAUCAAUUACAUACUGGGCGUAAAGUGGCAGGAUGCGUAUCGCUUCAAACUAAUCAAUGAAGUAACCAAUCGCUCACAGGCUGAGAGUCAGACAUACAACGUCUCCUCUUAUGAGCUGUACAAUCAGCCUGGCUUUCAAAUUCCCUACUCUCUCACAAUUGUAGAUACACCCGGCUUUGGUGAUACAAGAGGAAUUGAACAUGAUAAACUGAUAAUGCAGCAAGUCAAAAGCUUUCUUUGUAGCCCUUUGGGAAUUGAUCACAUUGAUGCUGUCUGCUUCGUUGUACAGGCCUCUCUUCCCCGCCUGAGUGCCAAUCAGAGGUACAUCUUUGACUCAAUCCUGUCGAUUUUUGGCAAAGAUAUUGCAGAGAACAUCAUGAUUUUGGUGACAUUUGCAGAUGGUAAAAAAAUCCCAGUUCUAGAAGACAUCACAGCAGCAGAUCUGCCCUGUCAAAAGAAUAAAAUGGGACAACCCACCCAUUUCAAGUUCAACAACACCGCUGUGUAUGCAGACAAAAAAGUAGAAGAGCCUACAACCUAUGAUGAUGAUUCAGAUGAUGAUGAUGAUGAAGACAGCAGUAUGAAACUGUACGAGAUUGUCUGGACAUCAACUUUCAAACAGAUGAAGGCUUUUUUCAAAGCACUGGGGACCACUGAAAGUAAAGAUCUGACACUGACUAAAAAUGUCCUGACAGAACGAGAGUGUCUUGAGAAAGUCAUGGCAGAUCUGAGCUCUCAAAUAACUGCUGGUCUCUCUACACUGAGUGUAAUAAAAACAUUUAAGCAGUGUUUGGAAAAUGAGAGUGAAAUCUUGAAGCAUAAUAAGGAUUUUGAGAAAGAAGUUGAUGUGAUGAAAGCAAACAGAAUCCCUGUAGAAUGUUUUACCUUGAAUUGCAACACCUGCAUCUUUACAUGCCACUCUAACUGCUUCCUUCCUGCAGAGGAUCCUGUGAGUACUUGUGCUGUGAUGAAUGAUGCUGGUUACUGUGUUGUCUGUCCUCAAGCUUGUCAUCACACUGCUCAUGUAAGGGAAAAGGUCAUGUGGACAUAUGAAAUUAAAAAAGAGAAAAAAACCAUUGAAGAGCUGAAAGAAAACUUCAUGAAGGCACAAGGAAAAUUCAUGGACACAAAGCAAAUGCUUGAUGCACUUGAAGAGGAAUUCUCUGUAUUUGAGGACAAACUAAAGCAAAUGAUCAAAAUGUCCUCUGAUUGCUUGAGACGACUGGAUCAAAUUGCACUGAAGCCCAAAUCCUUCUCCACAGCUGAAUACCUUGAAAUACUGAUCAAAACAGAGAAGGCGGAGAAACAUCCUGGAUUUGAAGACCGCAUUGUUGGACUCGAGAAAAUUAAAAAAGAAACUCUUCUCCUGGAAAAGAUAGAAAAAGGAGAUAAUCUGCUUAAACAAUAAGAUCCCGUCACUGUGGGAAGAGAGAAACAACUGAAUACUGAAAAUUGUGAAAAUUUAAGUCUAAAAUUAAAGUUUGUGUCAUGAUUGAAAAAUGGAAAUGAAUACUGAUGAGUU